AUGACAGUGACGGAGGUGACGAUGACGGUGACGGUGACGGAGGUGACAUUGACGGAGGUGACGGCGAGAGUGAAGGCGCUGACCGCGACGAUGUGGGCGGAUGGUUGUCGGGGCGGCACUCACAGCAGCGUGCGCGUGGCGGCGACGAGGGGGGGACGCGAGGGCGGUCGCCAAGGGGCGCGCGGCGGGAAUUGCAGGGGGAGCGGAAGCGGGAGGGGAGGUGGGAAGCGUCCCAGGGAAGGGAGUUGGCGGAGGAACGAGGAGGUUCAGUGGGCGGAGAGGAACGAGGAGGUUCAGUGGGCGGAGAGGAACGAGGAGGUUCAGUGGGCGGAGAGGAACGAGGAGGUUCAGCUGGCGGAUGGGCAAGGCAGUGAGGGGGGCGGUGGCAGGUACGAGGACGGCAGCAGCGAUGGGCGUGAGCGCAUGCACGUGGGCGCGCGUGGCGGCAUGGCGGGCCCUGGGGUGUGGGUGGACGGAGUUAAACGGCACACGCGGCCGGCAGGGGACAGAUGCUGGAGCAAAUGGGAGAUGCACAUGUAUGUCACGCGUCCCGACCGCCAGCUGCCGCCAUCAAUGGCGUUGAGGCGGCGUCUGUCGGAGUACCGUCGGAUGCACCGCCGCUGCACGCAGAUCCACGACUGGCUCGCCUUCUACCGCAGCCCGUACAUGGGGUGGAAGGAUGGCGUUGAUGGGCUGGGGAAUUGCAAGUAUCUCUUCUUCAUGCCGCCCGCCUACCAUGGCAUGGGCAACCGCAUAAUGGCGCUCAUCUCGGCCUUCGCCUAUGCACUGCUGACGAACCGCGCGCUCAUCAUCCCGCCCGACUCCUUCCUCUUCCGCUUCUUCUGUGAACCCUUCCCCGGCUCCUCCUGGACCAUCCCCCUCGACGCCUACAACUCCAAGGCAGACACGUGGGGCAUGUUCUGUGAGGCGGAGCAGCAGGAAAUGGCGAUGGCGCGCUUCGCCACGCUCUACACCGACUACUUCCUCGUGCCGCACUUCUACCUCGUGCCCUCGCUGCAGGUGCAGCUCGAAACUCUCUUUCCCGAUCGACGAGUCUUCACCCACCUUUCCAGAUACCUGCUGCACCCCGCCAACUACCUGUGGGAUCGCAUCACUCGUCUCUACCACGGGCACCUCGCCCACCACUCCCUCACCGUGGGGCUGCAGAUCCGGGCAUUCGAGGAGACAGAGGAGGAUCUGAUGGUGAAUGUCUUUGAGUGUGCCACCAACAUCGCCAGAGUGCUGCCACCUGUCAUGCCCACCGACCAAUGGCGCCAUACCGCUGCCUCUGUGACGGAGGAGGCGCUGCGGGGCGUGCGGGGGCGCAGCAUCGGCGCGCUGGUGGUGUCGCUGAACCCCUCCCACGGCGCCAAGCUGCGCGACCGCUACAUGCUGGGCAAGCCACUGGACGGCAGCACUGUCUCUGUCUUCAGUGUGAGCGGCGAGGGUCAAGAGAAGCAGGAGGACGAGUUGCAGUAUGAGCUCGCUGUCACUGAGAUGUGGCUCCUCGCCUUCUGCGACGUGUUGCUAGUGACGGACACAUCCACAUUCGGCUACGUGGCGGCGGGGGUGGCGGGGGUGACGCCCUACACCAUGAACGUCGCCAAGUGGAAGCACAGCGACUGGCGCAGCAACGGCCGCCUCGCCUGCAUGCUCGGCUCCUCCGAGCCGUGCUACGUGCACCCCGUGCAGGAGCGCCUUCUGUGUCCCGGGGAGCCAGAGAAGCGGCCGCUGGAGAACAUACCGCAGACGCGGGCGUGCCACGCCACGGGCGUGGGGCUCACCACCAACCUGCCGCCGCUGCCGCUGCCGCUGCCCUCGCAGCACAACGGCUGGGCUGCCCUCACACAACAACCUCAACCACGUGCCUCUCAUGGGGCUGUGGCUGCUGCCGGUGGUUCUGCUGCUGGCAUGGGUGGAGGGUCAGCAACAGCAGGGUGGGGAGGGCGAGAGGGGGAAGGGCGGGGUGAGCGGCGGGGAGGGGAGCAGAGAGCAGGGGGGGCAGCGGGUGGUGACUCCUAUAUUGUGGAUGAAGAGCAGGUGUGA